AAAGCAUCAAUGACGUUUAGUGUACACGAGCCGACAACUCAACAGUUUUCUCCGCUGAACGCGCCCGCCGCCCAGUGACACAAGUCAGUUCCUUAGGAUAUCAUGGCUUAUUCGGAGAUUGCGUGGCUAAUCGUUUUACGAGUUGCAUCGGUGUUUUAUACAUAGUACUUAUUAAGUAGCUGUGAUAACGUGCUCGUAAGUAACACACGCAUUGUCGGCUACGUUCUCCGAUUGUCCGACGAUUUCAUCUGAAACCUUUCGAAAGUGAAAUUAUGGCCGCGUCGUUGGGAAACUCGCAGUAAUUCGCAUCAAUAAUGGUAGCUGCCGGAGCCACAAUUUUGAUGGCAGCUAGUGAGGAGAAUACGUCCAAUGAGACAGAAAGUGGUACAACACAUUCGGUAAAUCAAGCCUCUUGUUCACACUAUGGUAUACAACGUUGUGGUAAAAAAAAUAUUGAGUCAUCAGCUAAAGGAGAUCUAGCAACAUGUUCCACAAAUAUCACAGAAAAGAAGCAUUGUAAUCUUACAAUAGAAAAGAAUGGUAAAAUAGUAUCCAAAGUAGAGCCUAAAGAGUGCUCUAAAACUUUGACAGUUCAUAAGACUGCUCAGAUUCGUGAGACCAGAACUUCUAGAUUACGAGCUGCUUCCAUAGUAUUACCCAGUGGUUCAACAUUAGUAUCGAAAAAAAUACCUGGUUCAGAAACUGCUGGCUCUUCGAGGUACAAUUCAUCAGUUAAGGAAGAAACUUCUACAUCCUUAAACGGUGGUGUCGGCAUGAAUCCUGUCAAGGAGAGAGAUAAGAGUUACAAACGCAAGUCUUAUUUAAACAGGUCACGUCACACGGAGGCAGCGCCUGUCGAUCGUUUAAGUGAAACCGACUCUAACGAGACGCGCUCCGUCGCGAGAAGGCAAUCCGUCAGACGAAGUCAAGUGUCGCCCGAUAUUGCAUCGAGUCUCUCAGACUCCUGCGGCAAUCGCCAAGUUGCGAGUCCACGUAGAAAACACAACGAUUCGAAAGUAACUCAGUACGGUGCCGCGAAGAAUCCUUCGAAAACUUGCUCAUCCUCCGCGAGCACCAAGCGUUCGAUUGCACAUCAAUUCAGCAACAGUAUAAGCGAUUCGGAGGUAUCGCGCCGAGUUGAUGCAUUGACGGCGCUGACGCGUAUCACGAUGGAACGCGUGGAGAGACUCGCGUCUGCAACAGCGGCGGCGGCGAGCUCCGCAAACAAUUCAAGCGAAAAGACGUCGCCCAGAAAGUGCAUCGCCUCAAGGCACGCGCCAAUCUCGAUUCUCAAGCACAAAACAACCGAUGGUGAAGGAUGCGAGCGUCAAGCAUCGACCAGUGGCUCUCCUCAUGCGCCGUCGCCGGUGACAUUCUCACCGUCCGUGACGGAGCCGGUUUCCCGUAAAAGGCAUGGUAUCCUGAAGAAACGCAGCAGCCUGGACGAGAGCGAGAUACUGCGCCGUCGUAGCUGCUCCCCAGAUGUCUCUUUCGUCGACAGCACCUAUUCAGAGUUUCGACCGAUCUUGAAGAAUCAAAGACGAUCUUCUCUGGACGAAAUUGUCAAGAGAGACCAGAGCCCCGAUCAGCAACCGACGUCCAUAUUGAAACGCAAGUCGUCGAGAGAAGACGAUCGGGAGGUGCAUCGAUCGUUAUUAGCUUCCCCGGAACCGCAGAGCAUUCUGAAACGAAAGCUCGCGAAUAACGUGCGCGCUAACAAUGUCAACCAUCAUGUGACUAUCGUUUCUGAGGUCGUGAACGCGACCACGAGCGGCUGCGCGAGCGCGUGUCUGAUUUCCGAUGGUGCCGAGGGAUCGGAAGUGCGACCGAUACUGAAGAAGAAAUAUGGCAGGGAGGAACUCGCCGGCAACGAUGUUUCGUCUCUCGAACCGAGGCCGAUACUGAAAAAGAAGUCUAGCACGGAGUCGGACGAGCACGAGCACGAUAGGCCGAAGAAGACGAUCCUAAAGUCCUCGCGGAAGAAUUCAUACGAGGAAGGUAGUUACGAAGUGGAGUCGACUUCGCCUAGGAAGUUGUCCGCGCUGAAGAACCGAGCGGUCGAGAUUGAAAAUGUGCGGCCUAUAUUGAAGCAGUCCGGCGGCAGCGGCGGUGGCGGCGGUAGCAACAAUCGACAUCACGACGACAUCACGCGCGAUCCGAACACGGCGGACUUGUUCUUGCGGAAAAGAGCGCAAUCGGUAGGCCACGCGCGAACCGCCAAUAGCGAUGACUGCGCAGAGUCGAUUCGCGUACUAGCCAAACGGAGGUCCCUCGAGUCCAGCUCGUCAAGUGAUAUAUGCGCGCCAACGACCAGUCGUCAUUGCUCUGCGACUGAUCGAUCCAGCAACGUCUCGUACACGACAAAUAGCUCGAUCGUCAUUAAAGAGACUAAGCUAUCGUGCGAAGAAGCUGGUAAAGCAAAGCAAUUCAACGCAAAUGACAUGGAGGAGAAGAGUAAGACGGACUCACACAUACAUUUUGCCAUGAUCGACGUUGAGAAUGCGAACGAUCACGAGGCAAUGCAGCAGUUUCUCACAAGGAACACUGACGAAAACGAUGCUGCGGCGAGGAUCAACGAAGAGGAGGAUCAACGAAGAGAAGGAGAACCAUUGCGAGACGCACAAGGCAGUCGCGAGGACCACUCCGCUGUUCGUUGUAGCAACAGCGUGUCCAAAAUGACGCAGCACUUCAGGACCCUGCAGGAAAAGGUCAAGAGUACCGCGAUGGAAAACAGUUUGCAGCGGAUAACGCUGCAGCGACCGUCGCAUGGUGUGCAACGCUACCGCGAGCGCAAGGUGCAGAACAGCGAGCGGUUCAACACGCAGCCGGUGACUUUCGAAGAAGUGCGCGAAGCGGUUUUGCAGAAUCAACGUAACGCCGCGGCGUUUAGCAUCGAAGGCUCCGAGCCUAACGACGAGCCCGAGCCGUCCAAGUUGAGCCUGGCCGAACGUGUGCGGCUCUUCGACCAAAAGACCUCGACGAUGACCACCACGAGAAACGACACGGCGUCUCUGGAGAGGCUUCCACAGAGGAGACGGCCGUCCACACGUUACAAAACGCAGCCGGUCACGUCCGAAGAGAUGGAAGUGGCGUCCCGCGUUUCGCCUUUAAACGCGAAAUAUCAAUCACAAACAUCGAAGACCGAAGGAUAUUCGGAAGAGUGUCAGAGACCGGUUCACUCGCCGCUGCUCGCAACCGUGUCUCAUUACGAUCUGCCGAAAAGUAUUCUCAAGACCACCGGUCAAACGCAUAAUCUAUCGCGUGCCAAGAGUCCGGAAUUGCGAGGUAUGAAAUUAAUCAAGUCGGUGCUCAAGAGAGAAAGCGAAGAGUCGAUGGAGCAACAGACGACGAUGACAACGUCGACGCCGACGUCGACAUCGACAUUGCCGAGUUUCGCCGAAGCGUAUCCACGUUCUAUUCUAAAGAGCAAUCUUCAUUCGAGGCCUGUGCUUCAGAGCGUCGGUGCUGACGCGGUGACAUCAAGAAGCGAAGGAGAUGUGCGCUUGGUCGAGAGGCAAACUCCUAGCGGUGACAUCGCGAAAUACUGCAACAAAUCGGAGAGUUCCAUCGCGUCAGCCGGUAUCACGCAACGCAACCUGCAUCGUUCUUGCGAAGACGCGCGAAUAAUUACGUCGUCGGACGAUGUUGUCGACGAGUGCAGGAGCGAGAUCCUCUCGCGCCGCUCGUCGGAAAGAUACAGUCGCGAAUGGCACGACGAUUCGUCCGUGAACAAAAUCGGUCGAGUGUCAUACGACGGUGGCAGCAAUGACUACGACGAUAACGACGACGACGACGACGACGACGACGACGACGACGAUGACGACAACGACAACAAUGAGGAAAAUGACAACAAUGAAAAGGAUGCGGACGAGGAGGAAGAAGAUGACGAAGUUGAGCUGGAGCAGGACGAGGACGAGGACGACGACGAUCGUGCGUCGUCGUCCUCCGGCGGUCAUGAGAUACGCAACAUCAUCGUAAGCGAAGAGAAACAUAGCAGUAGUGUCGCGCGGUAUUCCAACCCGGUAGCCAAGAGCGUCAGUCAGCAUGCCCUUGAUGACGAGAAGUGGAAGCAACGGCGUGGCUACCCGUUACCGGGGCUGUGUCGUAGCGCCACACAAGUGAUAGCGUCGAUAGAGACAAGCGAGACGCCGAGUGUCAGCAUUGCCGAUCGGUUGGCCGCGCUACAUCACAGCGGCAGCACAAAUUGGAGGCGACGGAUUGGAGUAGUCGACAGUAAUGUCGACGAGACACGCUGCGGUGACUUGCUCGGCUCUGAAGAGAGCCCGGCGAUCAAGUCGGGCGUGCUAGCCGACUGCAUCGGCAAGUUGGAGUCCGCUGCGGAGGGCUGGAGGAGGAGGAUCGUCGCGCCGGACGCGGUCAAUUUUACCGUUGCCGGCAAAAUGGGAGCGUCGGCGCGACCGAACGACACCGGCUCGCCGCUCUUCACUGAACUCGCGGCGAAUAUUGUUAACCAGAAGAAGAAAGCGCCGCGUCCGCAGCGAUUCAAGUCGAGAAAGGAUAAAGGAUAUGUAAACGGCGCGGUCUCAACACCCACUAGUCCAUGCAAAGAUUUGCCCUGUGCUAUACGUAUGAGCUUCUCUGAGCCCGUUAGUGACGACAGUGGUGAAGAAUGUAGAACGGAGCAUGUCAUGUCGCCGACUGUUUCAGUACCUAAAACUGACGACGAAACGUUCACCUCUUUCUUUAGCGGUGUAUCGCUGGAAAAGUGCGAGACCGAGUGUCUUGAUUUACAUGAAACCGACUUCGAUAUAAUUGCACCGCAGUCCGAAUUAUUAGCACAAAAGCGGAACAUACGAAUGCAACGUCGCCGGAUCACCUCGAGAAACCCUCUCAGAGCUCUCGCGGCACGCACCGAUUUAAGAUCGGAAUACACCGAGUUCCGCACGAAUAUAGCCGCGAGAACAAUCAAGAGUAUAAACGUAGAAAAACUCGCUAAAAGUUCGUCUUUCGCUGUCGAAGCUCUCGCCGGUUUGGCUUCCACCGAAGAUUUUAGCGCAGUGACUCUGAGAAAUGUGACGGAAACGAGCGUGUCGACGAACAAACUGCAGCCGUACAAAGAUUUAAUGUUGAUAUUGGUCAAAGGAAGACGGCACGUUCAAGCCAGGCUGAUCGAGCCUGUCGCUGAAUGUAUCAAUAGUGGUGACAAUUAUAUACUGGUGACGAGAUCAGAGGUUUUCAACUAUAUAGGAAGAUAUAGCAAUAUCAUUGAAAGAACUCACGCAGCCGAGAUUGUAUCGUGUAUCCUACAGCAGAAGGAUCUGGGCUGUCAGGCGGAACAAGUUAUCACUAUACACGAGGAUAAACCAACGUGCACGAGGAGUCAGGUGCAAAAGUUUUGGAGUUAUCUUGGUGUACUCAACAGUGAAAAGCUGAAUGUCAUCGAAGCUGGUCAUCCUGACGAAGAUGAGUUGUACGAAUCCGCUAUUAUCGACACAAAUAUGGUGUACGAAUUGAAGGAUAAGCAGUUAGUGCCUCACGAUAAGUUUUGGGGUGCACUUCCGAAGAUAGAGAUGCUCGACCAAAACAAGAUCCUAGUGUUCGACUUCGGCACUGAGAUGUACAUCUGGAGCGGCAAGGGUGUCUCGACGGACAAGAAGAGGCUUGCCACGCAACUCGCCGCAGAAAUGUGGAAGGAUGGAUACGAUUACAGCGAGUGUACCGUUUGUCCUAUCAAUGCGGCUCGUAUGCUCGGCAGUCGGGGCGAUGAUUCAUGCGCAAAUUGUCUUAUCAAAUCUGCCAAAAGCAGGCCGGAAUGGUGCCUGCUCGCCAAAUUGACACAACACGUCGAAACGAUACUCUUUCGGGAGAAGUUCCUCGAUUGGCCUAAUAGCACCAGUGUGAUUAAAGCGCGCGGUAGGAAGGACGACGUGCGGCAAAUCGACGGUGCCGCGACCAUACAACUGGACGACAGCGACGAGAUGUGGCUGCCGAACGUCACCCCAGUUGAUUUCGUACUGGAGGGCUGUCAUCUGGGUAGAGGUACUGGUUGCUACGAUAGCGAGUUGAAGAAAGAAUAUAUCGUCACUACGACCAGCGUAAUGAUGUGGCAUAUCGAUGAAUUCUCGCAUACGCUCUUAAAUGGCUCAUCCAUCGGUCAAUUCUAUUCUAGUGAUAGCUAUAUCGUCCAAUGGACGUACUCCGUCACGAUAACCGGCAGAGAACUCAGUGGCCUGCCGUCUAAACAUUCGGCAAAAGGUCGCGACAGGUCGGUGUAUUUCAUCUGGCAAGGACGAAACGCGUCUUUGAACGAACAAGGUGCCGCGGCACUGCUGACGGUCGAAUUGGACAGCGAUCGAGGCCCCCAGAUUCGUGUUGUCCAAGGUCAUGAGCCAGCCGCGUUUUUAAACUUAUUUUCCGGAAGGAUGAUAGUACACAGCGGUAAAAGGUCCGAGAAAAGGAGCGAGAAACGAUGGAGAUUGUACAUUUGUCGAGGUACUUUGAAAUCUGAGAUAUUUUUAAACGAAAUUCCAUGCAGCACUCGACAAUUGAGAAGUAGAGGUUCCUUCGUGUUGUUGGACACCAAAAAUGCGAAAGCAUACGUUUGGCACGGAAAUAACUCGUUGCGUCAUAUUAGAGAGAAUGCAUUAAGUGCUGCGAACAAGUUGAAAGAGAGUCGACCUGAAGAAACUGGGUUAUCGAGGGAAAUUAAUGUACAGAUAUGUGAAGUUCAAGAGGGUUUGGAGCCAGAAGAAUUUAGAAAUGCGUUAGGAGGUAUAAAUAAGAAACUGUAUUGGUCACCGGAGACGACUCAAACACAGGAGCAUACACUAAGGCUUUAUCACUUAUCAAGCAUCUUUAAAACGUUUCGUGCAACGGAAAUACUUUGCCCGCAUCGCACGGACCUUGCGACACCAUUUCCUUUCUCGCAGGAUGAUCUGUAUCAAGCGAGCCAACCAGCCUUAUUUUUAUUGGAUGACAAGGAUGUAAUUUGGAUCUGGCAAGGAUGGUGGCCUGAUAGCGGUACGGAAGAUCAGUCCGGCAGUAAGACUGUCCGAUGGCAGGCUGAAAGAAGGGCGGCAAUGACGACAGCUAUACGCUACUGGCGGAAUACUCGAAGCGCACAAACGACAAAUCUUCCUAUAUAUCUAAUUUGGGCCGGACUCGAACCGUUGCAAUUUAUAAAUCUCUUUCCCGAAUGGACGUAUCGGGACGACGUUGCUGAGUUGAAUAUAGAAGAUGGUCGAAAUCCGGGAGAAGUAUUAACUGUAGAAAAUGAAUUGGCUCGUCUGACACAAAGCACAUAUCCUCCUGCUCAGUUGUUGCAGAGGCCUUUGCCCGACGGAGUCGAUCCAACGCGCUUGGAAUUGUACUUAUCGCAACAACACUUUCAAGAGCUACUGGGGAUGAGCAAAGAUGAAUUUCAGCAACUUCCAGUCUGGAAACAAGUAAAUCUUAAAAAAGAAAUUGGAUUGUUCUGAUGGAUUGUUUUGGCUGCCAACAUUGCGAUUAAUAGCUGCCCUUGUAAAUUCAAGUUUACGUGUUAAUUGUUUCACGAUGUUUUGUGGGUUAAAGUCUCAAACUUCUAUAUAAGCGCAUUUUUGUCGAAACUUAUAAUGUCGUAUAACAGAAAAUGAAAUAUUUCAAAAACCAGCGAAUAAUGUCAUCGACGAUAUAUUGUAAUAAUAAACAGAUGAUUGAUUAAGAAGAAACAA